AUGCCACCAACCAUAACAAGUGAACCUGAUCCAGAAGUGAUAUUCGAUCCUCGUGUUAACAUUGAAUUAAUAUGCCAAGGAAAAGGAAGUCCAGCUCCUGUUUUUACCUGGACAAAAGAUGGACGAUUUUAUGAGCCAAGUGCUCAAAAUAAUCGUGUUGCUAUGGCAAGUGAUAGUGGAACGUUAAUAUUUACACAAGCACAAACUAUCGAUCAAGGAUGGUAUCAAUGUAAUGCAACAAAUCAAUAUGGAACAGCUGUCUCAAGAAAAGUUCGAGUCAGAUUAGCAGGUAUAUUUAGUAAGAAGUUGUUAAGAGUAAACAAAUUCAUCAUAUGUUCUAUGCUCUGAAGUGUAGAAACAAAAAACAUUUGUCAUCAUAGUAGUCACGAACUAGUACAAAAACAACUUUUUCAUUCAGAUGUAUCAAUAAGAACAAUUUCUAAAGAAUUUCUAUUGUAAACGGUAGAAAGUUUCUAAUUAUUUAAAUAUAGUGCAAAAACAUUAAACAUACUAUUUUACAGUAAACGUCAUAAGUCUCGCACCACUUUUUUAUUUUGACUCGUGUAUUAAAACUACACAACAUUAAUUUAAUUUGAUUAUAUGUCUGUAUAGUAGAGGUCGAGUACUAUAUAUAUACAUCUGUUUAAUAUG